AUGAGCCAUCCGUACAAUAACGUCCAGGAGAUUCAGAGGCAGAUGCAACAGAAGCAGCAAGAGUUGGCAAACCUCCAAAACCUUCUUCUUCAGCAACAUGCAUCCGCAGCACCCCAAGCUGCCCAGAGCAACUUGAACCUGCUCCCGUCACAAGGGGACUACCAUGUAGAUGCCGCCGCCUCCUUCAUACAAUACCAACAACAGCCCAAAGUCACCCCUUUGCUCAACCGCCGGGCCACAAUACCUAGGAGCAAAUCCAACAUGGGCUACGCUGCCACACAAACAAGAAUGAUGGAGCGCACCAGUGAUGACUCGCCCCAUCCCAUGAAGCGCGCGAGGGUCAUGUCCCAGCAGCACCCCCGCGCUACGCCUAUGACGGGCAUGUCGAGAAGUGCUUCCAACAGAUCAGAAAAGUCUAUCCCCUUUGUCGUCAAGGGCCCUCUGCAACCCCUCCAGACGUCAAAUAACCCCAACCCCAUGAUGGACCGCUUCUACCAGGGCCAGGACGACCCUCAUGUCCUGUUCGAGUCCUCCCUACAGCGAUCGCCAACAAACCGACGCCACUCAGGCCUAUCGCCCGUCGAGGAGCACGCCGUCUUCCCAGAGGUUGGCAUGAACCCCCUCGACUUCCUCGCUGCGCAAGACGAGAGCAUACCGUCUCCCGCCAUGGUCCCUCCGCCGCAGAACUUCCUGACACCCUACGACGGCCGCAACUCGCAGGCCAGCCUCAUGAACUCGGCUUGCCCGUCAAUGAGCUCGGGUACAUCUGCUGCCGAGACCCUACCUUUGACGAGGGAGAAUAGUUCCUUCGACAACCAGUCACUGAGCGGCGCGUUCGGGAUGACGAGGAUCAACUCGGCACACUCGCAAGGCGCUGCCGACUUCAUGUCUCCUGAGGUCUACCCUGUGCCUUCUGGCACCUCGCCAAAUAAGUCGGACUUUCUAGCCUACGUUGGCGCCGGCGCCGGCACCAGCCUCUCGCCUCAAUAUGCCCAACAGUCCCCCAUCGACGAGCAGUUCCUGACGCAGGGCUCGUCGAUGAUGGAGCGCUCCAUCUCUGCUAACAGCACGGCAUCCACCAAAUCAAGCACCGAGCGCAGGGCAAAGGAAGCGCGCCUCCAGCAGAUCCAAAAUGCCAACCGCACAAAGAUCUGCCCCAAGCCCCACGACGCCAUCAAGUCUCAGUCCGCUAGUGCCAAAAAGGAAGGCAAGGUUGCCGUGUCAAAGGGCAGCUACACUCGUCCCAAGCACCCCAAGGUGUUCUGUGACAUGUGCACCGAUCACCCCGACGGCUUCCGUGGCGACCAUGAGCUGCGGAGGCACAUCAACGCGAAGCAUGAGGGUCUUGUCAAGAAGUUUGUGUGCCGCGACCCCAGCACGGUUGGCAUGCAGAGCGGCGUCCAGGCCAUUAACCCACUCUCCAAGUGCAAGCAAUGCGUCGCUCGCAAGCAGUACGGCGCCUACUACAACGCUGCAGCUCAUCUGCGCCGCACUCACUUCAAGCCCAAGACACCCCGUGGCAAAAACAAGCGGGGCGACGACGAGGAGAAGCGCGGCGGCAAGGGCGGUGGUGACUGGCCCCCCAUGAACGAGCUGAAGCAGUGGAUGGAAGAGGUGACUGUGGCCGCCGACGACGAGGCCGCCGAGGGCGAAGGACAGGAGGAAGACGAGGAGGAGAUGCUGGCGACGGCCCAACAAUUCGACCCCUCCAUGUCGAUGGACCUGUCUCUUGGCCACAUGGGCGAGAACAUGACCUACGACUUGGGUUUCACGCAGUCCUACCACAUGCCUGAGUUGGCGGCGAUCGACACGACCCAGGCAUCGUACCUGGCCGUGUCCAACAUGCCGCUCUCCUCCGCGUCAGAGGCCUUUGCUUUUUCGCCGUUUGGUCAUAACUCGCCAAUGACCAAUGGUCUGUCACACGAGACAGCCUUUUCCAUCUCGUCAUCAAACACCGUUACCCCCACCAACUACCAGGACCAGAUCGUGGCGGAGGGCUUUGAAGGAUAUACUGCCUACUAA